AUGGCCGAGCUCUGGUCCCUGCGCAUCACCGUCAAGGGCGCGACGAAGACCUUUUCACAUGUGAACCCGGACGACGCCGUCUCCAGUUUAGCCGAACGCGCCGCGGCGGACUUCCGCUGCAAAGGAGGCCUAGACUUAGCCGGCGGCUUUCCGCCCAAAGCGCUCGACGCAGCCUCAAUACUAAAGGACGUGACGACGAACAACGCCGCGCUGCGCGGCAUCGAGAAGAAGCGCGCGGCACCGGCCAAGAAACCAUCAACGCGCAAAAAAGCCAAGGGCCCUCCCGUCGACGAUAGAAGAGCAGCGGCUUUAAGGGCGGCCGAAGCGCGGGCCGCCGGCAUUGCGCCCGCAGAGAUCAUUAACCCCGCGCCCGCACCAUCCAGACCGCAGCCCCUCGCGACGGCCCCCAAACAACCAAGACGAAGAAGGCUCAACAUGGCGUCGUCGGAAGGAGGCGUCGGCAUCGACCUCGCGAGCGCCGCGGCCGGCGAAAGCGGCACGAGAGGCAAGUUCUUCCGCAAGGCCCUGAAGGGUGCGGUCGAAGGCCGCUACGAGGACACGAAGGCCGAGGAUCGCGUCGCGGCGUGCCAGAGCGGUAAAUUCGAGAUAUCGGUCGCAGAGACCACUUUGAGUGGCAACGCGUCGAAGCUCAAGGUCACCUUCGCCAAGGGCCAUGGUAGUCGUGGUAAUCAUGAAGAUGUCGUGGACGCGUUGUCGCGAGAGGAGACCGUUGCUGCCGUCCGGCAAGCGGUCAGUGACGGCGACGCGGACAUGCUGCGACCGGAGAACUGUGCGCGCGCGUCCCAGCGCGUCUUCUGGUCUCUGGUACGGCACUCGAACGGGAAGUUCAUUCCCGCGGCGCUUGAGGAAUUAGUUCCGGAGGUCGGGUGGGCGGCGCUCUUCGCGCAACGGCGGCGGCGCGGCUGUACGAGGGCGCCGCCACCUGUAGAAGCGCCCGUACAAGCGCCGUUACCGCCGCCGCCGCCACCGGAAGACCGGCGGCGCGCGGCGUUGGCGGCGGCCGAAGCGCGCGCGACCGUGGAGGAGGACUCGUCUGAUGAUGACGAUGAUCCGGUCGUCCGGAAGCUCGUCGAGAUCUGCGGCGUGAACGGCUACAAUGCCCUGAAGAAGGGGAACGUCCAGACGCCUCGCGAUUUGGCCGCGUGGCGCGGCGCGGGCGACAUAUUGAGGGACACGCUCCUCGAGGAGGGCGUGGCGGCGGACGCGUGCCCCGGCGCCGCGGCUUUAGGCGCCUGGGCGGACGCCGCCAGUCGUGCGUUGACGGAGGACCCGGCGCUCGGCGCGCACGUGAGCGGGUUUCGCGGCGCGUAAGUGUUGUGUUUCAAAACUUUGUUCUUACCCGGUGCACGGGCACUCGUGGCAGUGCCCCGCGAGCCAGUGCGCGCGCUGGCACUCCUCGCUGCAAUAGCGCGGCCGGUCGACGCGUGGGAUGCCCGGCCGCUUGGCUGAGGCUGAGGCUAGUUACGUCGCAGGGUCCCCCGUACCCCUCCCGCUCCCCCCGGGCCCACCCGUCCGGCCGGACUAGGACGCAAGGCAUGCUAGUGUCUUUAUGCGACGCUAGUGUCCGCUAGCCUUUGCCACGUUUUCCACGCCGCCAAGGGCUCCGCCGAGACAAAGGAUCAGAGAGUACACCACCGCGCCGACUCGCAUCGCUCUGUCAAACGAGCAACGCUCGUCGCCUGGCAAAUCAAUUGUCGGCGAGUCCCUAACUCCUCUGUCGAGUCACGAAUGCGUAGACACGCGUUACUGUUCGCCGCGACGCACCUAACUACACUACAGUUAGGUGCGUCGCUGGCACUCACCCGCAUGCCGCCGAAAAUGAACCUGGCACUGGUGCCGGCGCCGGCGCCCGGCUCGCCGGCGGCGGCACCGCCCGCCCCAAGUCCGAGUUGAAAUUGAAGUUGACCUUGAACUCCGCGCAGAUCCGCGAGGCGUUCGAGUCCGUCGGCCACCGCGCGCAAUACGGCACGUUCUUGAGAAAAGUCAAGGAGACCUUCAUCAAGGAGGACCUCUUCCAGGAGAUGCUCGAGGACGCCUACGGCUGGGGCCUCGACUCGGACACGCUCAAGGAGCUGCUCGAGGCGAAGUGGUUCCAGCUCGACCACGUCUGGGCGCCCCUCAUGGACGACCCCAAUAAUUUCUGCGCGCGGGCCGGCGUCAAGGGGCCUUCAAUUUUCCGGGACCCGCGCUCUCCCCUCCACGCCAUCGACGCGACGUUUCCCCGCGGAUUCGUACCGACGCACCAGUCCCCCGCCCCCCGCAGCUCAUGAUCAAGUGCCUCAACAACCAGUUCGACCGCAACACCGAGGAGCAGUUCAAGAAGGAGCACACGGGCGCCGGGUGGCAGGGCGCCAUCGAGCUCACCGAGAAUGCGCUCGCAAUGCAGCUGCGCUACGGCCGCCUCUAGGAUGCUAACUUACUUUACUCGUCUCCGAAGUACCUAGGGGCUCUCGAGGAAGGGAAUUGCUGGUCGCGCUCGGGAUGGAGAACUCGAGCUUGGCGUCUCCGCGCCAUCACAGGUCGCCAUAUGCGUAGUGCAAAAGAAGAGAGUCGACGAUGGUGGACGGCGCGCGCGGUGUGCCCGACUUAGUGCUGAGCAGUCGCGUUCCAGAAGUCCUCCCGUCGCAUUCACGAUUUGCGGCCAAGGAACGAACCUCGGGCAGUGCGCCGAGCCGUGGUCCGGGUUGCCGCGCACGCGUACGGCGACGCCGCCGUGCGGCGGCCGCGGGCCCUUCGUGCGUCUGGCCGCCGUCCGCGUUUGUUCAGUCGCUGCCUAAUUGCUUCUGAACAUCACGCUUGCGGCGCGCGUGCGCCGUCGGCCUUGCCGCCGAAAUCGCCGCUGGGUCGUCGUACGCACGGCUGUGGCAGGGGUGCAGUAGGAGAGCCUAGCGUCAGUGCUGGUUUUUGCAACAGGAGACAUCGCAUGAAUGCGAUUAGUGGUGUAGGCGCUUGCGUCCUAUCGGUGCGCUGCCAGUUGCGUCGCGAGCACCUACUCAAUCGAUCGCUGCGGCUGAGCAGAGCUUGCAAAAGC